GUUUCCUUUGCUUGCUUCUCGCUUUACAGGCAGCGGCAAAACUCCCUUGUAGUGAGCAGGGUAUCUUUUACAAAGAUCCAGAGGUGCUCGGAGCUGCGCCAAAUGGUGCCUGGGUUCUAGACGCUCCUCAAUGCCGAAGCAGCUGUGUUGCCAGUCCGACUUGCGUCUUCUUCUCCUUUGUGCCCAGCAAUUUGCCCGGUGCAGGUGAGUGCUGGCUCUUGGGCCAAAAGGCCAAGGCCGAGAAACGCGAAGGCGUCAUCAGCGGUCGUAAGGUUUGCAGCAAGGAGAUUGACGAAGUCAUCCACAAAUGUCAUUCAAAACAUGAAUGCCCGUCUCAUUGGUCUUCCGGACUUGGCGGCUUCCUCUGUCUGAAAGGCGACGCUUUGGGAGCCUGUCGUCAAGCAGCACAUGGUAUUGGCAUAGUGGACACAAAGGAGGCCAUUGCCGAACAAGCCCUGCAAGAUGAGUCUAAGAAGGACCAUCAGCAGCUUGAGCGAGGCUUUGCCCAGGUCCAUCCUUGUGCGUCGGAUACGAACCACAAGUGUCCAAGAGCGUGGGAGCAUGAAGCUACGGGUGGCUAUUUCUGUCACUCUCACUCUGGCUGCCGACCUGCAGACCACGGACCUUUCCCGUCGGAGGAGUGUGAGGCUCAGUGCUCCAUUGGCAAGGUCGAUGUGGCAGGAGGAGGUGAUGUAGCAGUGCCUUUCAACUGCCAGAAGGUGAACUCCAAAGACUGGAGCGACCACAAGAAGCGCUGGUGCUGCGCAAACUCGGAUGGCCCCUGUGAAGAAAAGGACAACUCCGCCUCUACGAUUGGAAGAUGCCACACAGAUUUGAAAACUUCCUGCCCACACGAUUGGUACCAGCCCCACUCUGGUGAGGGUGGCUUCUACUGUCAUGAGAGUAGUGGCUGCCGUGCCGCUUUGGACGGUCCCUUCCCAUUGGAAAGUUGCAAGGAGCAGUGCUACAUUGGCAGGGUAGCUCGUGAAGGCUGGAUUCCAAAGCCAGUCUACUGGGACUGUCAUCUACACCUGCAGACUUGGCACUCCGUAUGGUCGAAGGAGACUCGGAUGACUGACUGUGUCUUUGGCCUUGAAGGAAGGGGAGCCAAGACCCCGCGCCGGAAGCCGCACGGAACCUUUAUCUGGACUGAGACCCCUAAGCUGGGGCAGUUCGGGGAAAAACAACCUACAAACAAACCUGGCUUUGAUACGAGCAAGUUUAGGACAGAACUGUUUCGCAGACAGCUUUCUGUACCCGUCGGGGUCUUUGAGCCGAUGUCAUGUGCUGUGCCAGGAAAACCUUGGUGCUCCCGGGCCGACCAAAAUCCUGGAGCCCAACUUUCGACUUCGGUGUCCAAAGACACGUUGCGCACUGGUUUAGAAGCUGUCGAACCUUGUCAGCAUGCGAAGUCACACUGUCCAAAGGAAUGGUCGACUGGAGACUCUAGUGGCUAUUUCUGUCACUCUGACAAGGGCUGUAGACCGGCUGACCAAGGGCCAUUCCCUGUAGAAGACUGCAAGGCUCAGUGCUCCAUCGGCAGUGUCUACGUGCCAGGUGGUGGUGAUGUCGCUGUGCCCUACGACUGUCUGCUGCAUGUGGAAAGAUGGAAGAGCCACUGGAGCAACGAAAAGAAGCGCUGGUGCUGUGAGCACUCUGAGGAGGGUCAAGUUGCCUGUGGAGCAGAGGAGAGUUCAGUUUCGUCUGGCUCCCUUCGCAUCUGUCCAAAGCAUCUGAAGACUUCAUGCCCAGAUGCGUGGCAUGACCCAAUUUCUGACGAAGGCGGCUUCUAUUGUCACGGUGAAGGGGCCACCCAGGGUGGUUGUCGUGAGAAAACACAUGGGCCAUUUCCCUUGGAAGACUGCAAGGAGCAAUGCUAUAUUGGCAAUGUGCGGAUUUCAGGCUUCCUGCCAAAGCCAGUUCUUUGGGACUGCCAGCGGCACCUUGAUCAUUGGGAAUCGAGUUGGUCCAAGGAGAAGCAACUUUGGUGUUGUACCCAUGACAGAUAUGCGCGGGAAGUAUGUGGCCACAUUUCUGUGAGUCACAAGCUCGUGACCUCAUGCGAUGCAAAAACAGCCGGGGGCAUCCCUUGUGCACCAUUGAUGACGUCCAAAUGGGAGGCGGGUCGCAGCCGCGCCAUUUGUAACGGCUCAGAGGGCACUCCCGUCAGGAUCUCCAUCGAUGUGACCCAUGUCCACCAAACAUUUCCAGACGUCAGCCACCUCGAUGAAAAGGAGGACAUGCACUGGAGACCGCAGGGAGUGGUGGAAGGCAUCGACACUGCCAUAAACUGCUCGAAGAAGGAGCAGAAUAUGACGCAGACCAAGAAGCAAUGGUGCUGUCAAGUAAGCCCCAAUUGCACGGUGAAUGUCACGGAGUUUGAUUGCCUCGCUGGUUUGUCACAAUGGGAGACUGAUUGGAGCCUAGAAAAGAAAGUAUGGUGCUGGACCUCUGGUGGACAUCACGACCUCUUCGACUGCGCAGAUGGCGUUGAGAACGCGGAUAACGGCUGGUCCACGGACAAGCAAGACUGGUGCUGUCGCAACAAGCAGUUGGGAUGUGCUCCCUACUUCGAUUGUGACAAUGGCCUCGAGACGUGGGAAACCAGUUGGAACCUCACCAAGAAGAAAUGGUGUUGGGACCAUGAGCAAAAGGGCUAUCUUCAUCCUUACAGAUGCGAGGGAACCUUCGCUGAUCAAGAGAAAUGGCCAUCGGCCAAGCAGGACUGGUGCUGUCAGCACAUGCACAAAGGUUGCAUGGGAAAUUACGACUGCAAGGAAAAUUAUGACACGUGGCAAGUGCAGUGGACGGCAGAAAAGAAGCACUAUUGCUGCGAAAAAGAAGGCAAAGGCUGCUACGACUGCAACGCUGGCCUUGCCAACUGGGACAGGGGCUGGUCGGACAAGAAGAAGGCGUACUGCUGCAAAGAAGAGAAGAAGGCAUGCUACUCUUGCUUGGACGUCUCUGGCAUGUCCAAGUGGUCAACAGAACAGAAAGGGUAUUGUUGCAGCACGCAGAAUGUGGCCUGCCACAAUUGCACUGGAGAUGUGAGACUGUUCCUCGGUGACAAGCGGGAGUGGUGCUGCAAGAACGAAGGACGCUGCCCUCCUGAGCUAACACUCUCCUCCACUUCGUCAACCACCAAUUGCCCAGAUGCCAUUGAUUCGGAUGACCCCGCCUACUGCAACACACCCAUCGGCACUUGGCCUGAAGAGAAGGGCGAAUUCUGCUGCAAACACUUCAAGAGAGGAUGUCCUGACAAGAAAUUUGACUGUGAUGAGGACCUCAAGAAUCACGAGUGGGCAUGGUCUGAAAAAAAGAAGGAGUGGUGCUGCGACGAGGAGAAAAAAGGUUGUCCUCCACCCAUCAACUGCCAUACUUCGCCAACCUCAUGGACGCUUAAGAAACGGCACUACUGCUGUACAAUGCACCACAUCGGCUGCGAUCUCUACCACUGCCGAGAUGGAACUUCGCCACACACCUGGUCGGCAGAGCGACAGCACUGGUGCUGCAUGCACGAAGACAUCGGUUGUCCGGUAGAAAAGAAGCCACUUUACCCGUAUGACUGCCUUAGAGACGUUUCCAGAUGGCGCGAACGUUGGCACCAUGCUAAGAAAGAGUACUGCUGCAAAAAAAUUGACAUCGGAUGUGAGGAUCAUGGGCCAGGGCCUGAAGGCGGUGGUAGCUUGGGCGGUUGCAGCGCUACUUGCAACUGGGACUCCCAAAGCUUCACAUGUGCUGAGCGCAUCAAAUAUGCGGCGUCACACCGAUUUGCCAACCAACAACAUGCUUGUGUGGCCGCUCAUCACUUGGUUGCUGGUGAAUGCGAUCAUUGUGGGCAGUGCACUGUGGAGAUGUCCGGUUGCUAUGUUUUUUGGCACGGAGAAACACAUCACCAAAUCACGAAGCACAUAGAGACAACGGUGGUGCAUGGGGUCUCUCAGUUUGACUGCAACGUUGAUUUCACAGAGUGGGAGAUCAAAUGGGAUGCGCGCAAGAAGGAAUUAUGCUGCCAGCGCGAGAAGAAAGCUUGCGCUCGAUAUCAGUGCGACUUGGACUUGGUGAACUUCAAGCUUCAUUGGGGAACGCCAAAGAAGGUCUGGUGCUGCGAGCACGAACACCUUGGCUGCGAACCAGGCUUGCAGUGGUUUGACUGCACUGAACAGGCGGAGCAUUGGGAGCAUGUUUGGAAACCUGAGAAGAAGACUUGGUGUUGUGCGCAUGAGCAGAAAGGAUGUCCUGGAUGGAAGUGGCAUCCACCAAUACCCGUUGCAAGCAGCAUGCCAGAAGGAGUCGUGCAUGUGACCCACACCACCUACACUACGCAUCAUGUGCAUCAUGGUGGACAUUGGGAUGUGGGCUUUGGCAAUUCCUGGCAUCAUGGAGGUGAAUGGCAUCAAGGGCAUCACCCGGCAGUGGAAGAGCAUACCACGCAUCAUACCGAGCAUCAUGAAUUUCACACUGAGCAGAAAGACCUGGGACAGCGCUUCCACUGUCACGCUGCCUUAACAAAUUGGGAAGAUGCGUGGUCGCCAGCGAAAAAGACUUGGUGUUGGAAGCACUAUAAGCUUGGUUACCGCUUGGCCUACAACUGUCACAUCGGAGAGGCCUCCUCUUGGAGCGAUGCCAAGAACAACUGGUGCUGUUCACAGAUGAACGUUUGCCAUACCCAUCAACGUCACUUCCGCUUUGACUGCAACGCUGCCCUGGGCAAUUGGGAAAAAGCCUGGAGUCCAAGCAAGAAGACUUGGUGCUGGGAAAACGAGCAGAAGGGUGGACCACCAGCAGCACCAACGGCAGCACCUGCAGUACCUGCAGUGCCAGAAGUUUCGGGUGAAAAUGCAUGGGGAGCUGGAGGCAUGAUCCCUGAGGGCUUUGGUAUCCCUGAGGGCUUUCGUGGUGACUUGGGUAGCCGCAGUUCACAUCACGGUCACCUUUUCGACUGCCAAGCAGCGCUUGGAAACUGGGAAAAUGCCUGGAGUAUGGCAAAAAAGGGAUGGUGUUGGAGACGGGAAAAGAAGGGUGGUCCAGAGCUGUUCAACUGCUACACAGAUGUUCUUGGUUGGACCGAAAAAAAGAAGUCCUGGUCAAGGGCUAAGGGCACCAUGUCCUUUACGCUUCAGUACCAUAUUUGGUCCAUCCCUGCUGCGCUUUCGCAUGUUGGAAGGUAUCCACAUGGUUUUUUAGUGCACAUCGAAGCAGAUUGUGUUGCUCUUGGACAUCGCCUGAAAAUGACGAUGAUCCUUUGCAGAAGGCCAAAGAGCUCUGAAAGGAUCAAGAUGCACCUAGUGCCGAAGUUGGCAAUAUUCAUUUGUGCUACAAGCCAGACCCAGUUUAGUUCUUGGGGGAUUACGGCAAGCUCCUUGAUCAGAUAA